AUGGAGAAUUCCAGCAAGGUAGAGCACCUUAUUAAGCGGUAUGGGACACGCGAAGAGCUAGCUAAGCAUGGAGUGUGGCGUGGAGAGCUAUAUCGUGCCGAAGAGUCUAGUUUUAUGGAUAGAGGGUGGUGUUGGAAGACGUUAUUACUGGGUGAUGGAGACGAACCAUUGGUUACAGAUUUGGCAAUAGUGCCCGAAAACUCGCUCGCUUCGAGUCCAGUGCAUUCUGCUACUCGCCAGUAUGGUAUAAGGAACCUUACCUCGGAACGAGCGAGCACGCAUCCGCUAAUGACUAUCGAUGAUGCGGCGCAUACAAUUUCAAAAGACGGUGAUGACGAUCGGUUGAAAGAAAAAGUGUCUGUCCAAGAAACACUGGAUAUCAUUGAACUCGAUGUUUCGCGGCUUUUGCUUGACCCAAUCUUCGAAUCUGCCGAAUGCAAGAAGGAAAUGGUGGAGAUCUUGUAUAACUACGUUCUCUACAAUCAGACUAGCUACAAGCAAGGGUACCACGAGCUUUGUGGCGCGGUGUACAUGCAAAUGUUUCGCGAAGUACCCGACACGCGCAAACUCAACACUUUGAACAUCUUCAAUAAACUCAUGAAGCGGGCUCGCUCGGUGUUUUACGAAGAAGCCGCUUUACUACAAUUUGCAGAAUUCAAGUUUGACCGAAUCUUUAGAAUUACGGUACCUAAAUUGCACCAUUUGCUCACAAAACAUCACGGUUUAGACAACGCUGUAUGGCUUAUACGUUGGACUAGACUUUUAUUUCUUAGAGAAUUUGAUUUGAACUACGUUUUACGGAUAUGGGAUCAUUUACUGACGUUCAUGAUCCCAUUAGAGGAUCUCGUAGCGUGUUGCAUUGUUGUGUUGUUGAUAGCCAUUACGCGAGACCUUUAUGCUUGUGAAGAUCAGGGUGAAGUUAUUGGACUAUUGCUCCAUUACCCAAGUCACAGGUUAAUAGAUUGUGUGGAGCUGAUGAAACAGAGUGCAAGUCUUUACGAGUUAUAUGUUACUAAACAAUUCUCAGAUAUGGAGGGAUUGGGCGAGAAUUUAUGCAAAGUACACAACCGCCAAUGGUACGACAAACAAACACAGGUGGUUGAUCAUAAUCGUCUAAGAUUGGAAGAAAGAUUGAAAAGAAGGGUGGGGCUACGGCUAAACAAAAACUAG